CCAGGCACGCGUGCUAUUUCUUCGUUUGGUUUUCGCGGAGUGAGCGGGCCGGCGUAGGGAAAUCUGUAUCGUUCAAAUAAAAAAAAGUGGCGUUUUGUUUUUUUUUUCCCCUGCAUGGCGGGGAAGCGCGGUGUUGGAAACUUCCCUUUGUAAUUUCGGCAAAAGGGAAAACAACGGAAGUUUUGGUAGACUUUUGAAUUCGGGCGGGGGAGGUCAAAGGUCGGCAUCAAGAUGGCCGCCCUGGCGGACGGCGGUUUGAGACGGCGCGAGGGGGUUGCGGAGGGGCGGUGACGACAGAGAGCGAGAGCGGGCCCAGGCGCAAGCUCGAACAACCGCCGCCUCCCACCUGGCCCCAACCUCUCCCCCCCCGCGACUCGGAGCAAUGGCGGCGACGCCGAGCUUUGCCUCGUUUAACCCAGAGUGAGAGCGAUGAGCGCGGCCUAGCUAGACAUGAACAGGAAGAAGGGAGACAAGGGGUUCGAGAGCCCGAGGCCCUAUAAAUUAACUCACCAGGUGGUCUGCAUAAAUAAUAUAAAUUUCCAGAGGAAGUCUGUUAUAGGAUUUGUGGAGUUGACCAUAUUUCCAUCGCUUGCUAACCUCAAUAGAAUAAAACUGAACAGCAAGCAGUGCCGGAUUUACAGAGUAAGAGUAAAUGAUUUGGAAGCUGCAUUUAUUUACAAUGAUCCAACUUUAGAAGUCUGCCACCAUGAAUCAAAGCAGCGGAAUCUUAAUUAUUUUUCCAAUGCCUACGCGGCAGCAGUCAGCGCAGUUGACCCAGACACAGGAAAUGGAGAGCUGUGCAUCAAAGUCCCAUCUGAACUAUGGAAACAUGUUGAUGAGAUGAAAGUUUUGAAGGUACAUAUCGAAUUUUCCUUGGACCAGCCAAAAGGAGGGCUUCAUUUUGUUGUGCCUAAUAUGGAAGGUAGCAUGGCUGAGCGAGGUGCACAUGUCUUCUCCUUUGGUUAUGAAAACUCUACAAGAUUUUGGUUUCCUUGCGUUGAUUCUUAUUCUGAGCUUUGCACUUGGAAAUUGGAGUUCACGGUCGAUGCUGCCAUGGUGGCAGUUUCCAAUGGAGAUUUGGUGGAAUCUGUUUAUACCAAUGACAUGAGAAAAAAAACUUUUCAUUACAUGUUGACGAUUCCAACGGCAGCACCAAACAUUUCUCUUGCUGUCGGUCCUUUUGAAAUACUGGUUGAUCCUUACAUGCAUGAGGUGACACAUUUCUGCUUACCUCAACUAUUGCCUCUCCUAAAACACACCACCUCCUUUCUGCAUGAAAUUUUUGAAUUUUAUGAAGAGAUUCUAACCUGCCGAUACCCCUACGCCUAUUACAAAACUGUAUUUGUUGAUGAAGCUUAUGUAGAAGUAGCUUCAUAUGCGUCUAUGAGUAUUUUAAGCACAAACCUUCUGCACAGUGCCAUGAUUAUAGAUCAGACGCCACUUACCAGACGAUGUUUAGCACAAGCUUUGGCUCAGCAGUUCUUUGGCUGUUUCAUUUCCAGAAUGUCAUGGUCAGAUGAAUGGGUGUUGAAAGGCAUCUCUGGAUACAUUUAUGGCCUUUGGAUGAAAAAGACAUUUGGUGUUAAUGAAUACAGACACUGGAUUAAAGAGGAACUGGACAAAAUAGUGGAAUAUGAAUUAAGGACUGGUGGAGUUCUGCUGCAUCCCAUAUUUACAGGAGUGAAAGAGAAAGAAACACCUGCUCCACACUUGCACUUUUCCAUUCGUCAUCCUCACACACUGUCCUGGAAGUAUUACAAGAUGUUUCAAUGUAAAGCCCAUCUGGUGAUGCGACUCAUUGAAAACAGGAUCAGCAUGGAGUUCAUGCUUCAGGUCUUCAACAAACUUCUGAGUUUAGCCAGUACUGCUUCAUCACAAAAAUUUCAAUCGCACAUGUGGAGCCAGAUGCUACUUUCAACAACUGGAUUUUUAAAAUCAAUAUCUAAUGUGUCUGGAAAAGAUAUUCAACCUUUGAUAAAACAGUGGGUUGACCAAAGUGGUGUAGUGAAGUUCUUUGGCAGCUUUGCAUUUAAUAGGAAACGAAACAUCUUGGAGUUGGAACUGAAGCAAGAUUGUACUUCUUUGGGAACACAGAAAUAUGUGGGACCACUGAAAGUGACAGUCCAGGAAUUAGAUGGAUCAUUUAACCACACACUACAAAUUGAAGAAAACAGCCUCAAGCAUGAUAUUCCGUGCCAUUCCAAGAGCAGACGGAAUAAGAAAAAGAAGAUUCCACUAUUGAAUGGAGAAGAAGUGGAUAUGGAUCUUUCUGCGAUGGAUGCUGAUUCCCCUUUGCUGUGGAUAAGAAUAGAUCCAGACAUGUCUGUUUUGAGAAAAGUGGAAUUUGAGCAGGCUGAUUUCAUGUGGCAGUACCAGCUCCGCUUUGAGAGGGAUGUGGUUGCCCAGGAGGAAUCAAUUCAUGCUUUAGAAAAAUUUCCUACUCCAGCAUCACGGCUAGCGCUAACAGAUAUCCUGGAACAAGAGCAGUGCUUUUACAAAGUCAGAAUGCAUGCUUGCUUCCGGCUGGCAAAGAUUGCAAAUGCCAUGGUGAAUACUUGGACAGGUCCUCCAGCCAUGAAAUCACUCUUUACACGAAUGUUCUGCUGCAAGAGUUGUUCAAAUAUUGUUAAGACGAACAAUUUCAUGAAUUUUCAAAGUUAUUUUCUACAGAAGACAAUGCCUGUUGCUAUGGCGUUGCUACGGGAUAUCCAUAACCAGUGUCCCAAGGAAGUAUUGGCCUUUAUUUUGGACCUCAUUAAAUACAACGACAACAGAAAGAAUAAGUUUUCAGACAACUAUUACCGUGCUGAACUUAUAGACGCACUUGCCAACUCGGUGACACCUGCAAUUAGCAUCAAUAAUGAGGUUCGAACGUUGGACAAUCUCAAUCUUGAUGUUCGUCUAAUUCUGGAAGAGAUCACCAGAUUUCUAAACAUGGAGAAGCUGCUUCCAAGUUAUAGAAAUACAAUAACUGUCAGCUGCCUGAAAGCUAUUAGAGUGCUACAGAAGAAUGGACAUAUUCCUAGCGAUCCGUCACUCUUCAAAUCUUACGCAGACUAUGGACACUUUGUUGACGUUCGCAUUGCAGCUUUGGAAGCAGUUGUGGAUUAUACGCAAGUGGACAGGAGUACUGAAGAAUUACAAUGGUUGCUGGAUCUUGUUCAGAAUGAUGCUGUGCCUUACAUAAGGCAUAAGGUUUUGAGUAUGCUCAACAAAAACCCACCUUUCACCAAGAGUACAGAUUCUCCACUGUGCAGUGAGGCCCUGGUGGACCAGCUGUGGAAACUAAUGAACUCAGGAACUUCCCACGACUGGCGACUUCGCUGUGAUGCCGUGGACGUGUACUAUACCUUGUUUGGCCUCAGCAGACCGUCUUGCCUUCCUUUACCAGAGCUAGGUCUUGUGCUCAACUUGAAGGAAAAGAAGACUGUUCUAAAUCCUAUUAUUAUACCUGAAACGGGGACGAGUGGCCAAGAGACUGUAGGCAGUGCAAGCAUACAUGGAUUAAUGCCUGGCUUCCAGACAAAUGAAGAGGAGCAUCUUACCAAAGACUCUGCAAGCACUGGGUCUGGAGUUCCGCCGAGCAUAAAGAGAAAAGCUGAGACACCACUUGGUUCCCCAUUGGAACCCGGACAGGUUCUGGAGAAGGAUGAAGAUAAUAAGGUUAAGCUUAAAAUCAAAUUUUCUAAUUCUCAAGAAGAUGAAGAGAUUGACAUAGACUCUGUUCAUGAUAGUCAGGCUUUCAUUUAUCACCAGUUAAACAUACUUGAAAGACCAUCCACUCCAGGAAAAGAAACAACAGCCAUAGAAAAUGCCAUGAUUUCCAAUUCAGCUGCUCCACUUCCUUCACUUGGCAAAGAGUCCAGUUCAUCGAGACAUGGGGAACACCAUCACCACCACCAUCAUGAACACAAGAAAAAGAAGAAAAAGCAUAAACACAAACAUAAACACAAGCACAAACAUGAUGGGAAAGACAAGGAAAAGGACAUGUUUACUUUUACAAGCAGCCCAGCUAGUGGGCGGUCUUUAAACUCUCCAUCAAUUUCAGAUUAAUUAUAUGGUGAACCAUCUAAGCAGUUAUCAAAACAUUUAUAUCAAAUGUAUAUCAAACAUUUUUGAAAGUAAAGGACUGAAUGUUAAAUGAGGAAGACCACUUCUGCCCCUUUCUUUUGUCAAACUUUUAGCUUUCUGAGGAAGUAACCAAAACUGCUGUCAACAAUGAUCAAAGUGCGUGUCAAAUGGAAUCUAAGCCUCAUUCCACUUGUUUGAUGUGUUUAACUGGCUUGAACUAAUAGCUGCUGGUUUAUACAACUGACAUUUAUUGCUGUUUUCAAACUGUUGAAAAUAAGCACCCUGCCCCCACCCCCCACCCCCUACCCCACCCUUCUAAUUAAUCUUUGUAGCAUAUUUUCCUAAUGUGUCUAUUGGACUAGCAGGAUCUUGCUUUACAUUUCUCACUCUGAUUUUGUCCUUGUUCAAAUUUGUUGUUGCGAUUUAGGGUUGCAGUAGUUUUUCCAAGUAAAACCAUGUAUAUAACAAGCAUAACUAAAAAUGAUCAUGUAGUACAGAAAAAAGUUAGAGCCUGAGAAUCUGUUGUACCAGAACAACUGUUCCUUGUGUAAGAAUGUGGCUCAAUCCCAUACAUAAUGGUGAAAUUCUUGAGGUUCUCCACAACCUCACUGAAUAUGUAAACUUGAUGUAGAAAGUGGGUGGGAAGGGAAAUGGGACAGAAUUGGAAAGUGGUGGGGUAAAAUGGAGAGGAAUUCAGGUGGACUAAGCUUGUAUUUUCUAAUCUCUUGCAAGCAAUGCAUCUCAGUUCCAGAAUGGGGCCAAUUGAAUGAAGCUGCCACUGGUCACUGGCAUAGAUGUGCACUUAGUGAUCCAUCUUCCUCCAUGACUUAGUUGCAAGUUGUUUUAAAAAAAAUUAAUGAGUUUACUGCCAACUUAUUUUGCCUUUUAGUAGUUGCAUAUAGUUAGAAAUUUCACUUGGGAUACUGUAGUAACUAAUGAUGGCAGCAGUUCUUUUAGUCGCUCCAAAGAACUUCCUCUGGUUUGAUCAGAACUCAGGUGGGUCUGUGUAAUAAAGAUUUGUCUUUAGCUGUUACAGUGUCUGUUACAAGUAAUUGUUUUCUUUUCUUAUUGGUAAAAUAUCUUUUCUGUCCCAUCAUUCAAGUACUUCUAAUUUUUCAUUAAGUUUGUGUUUUUCUUAUUUACAAUUGUUUGUUUCCAAUAUUCGUCUGAGUCAUAUUGUACAAACCUUCAUUUAAAAUUUCUCUUCAAUCAUUCUCCUCAAAAAUAUCCCCAAACACACUACAACAAAAAGCAUAUUAGAGCAAAAAAAAUUCUCUCGAUACAGCUGUAACGAGUUUCUCACCCACGAAACUAUACCGUCGGUCUGCCCUUUCAAACAGUAAAAGCUCCAAUUCCAUGUUUUCCUGACUUUGUACAACAGAAACAAACAUGAUACAUUGUAGCAUUCCCUAUCAAGUCUUUAACCCUUCAACUUUUCUAUCAGGUUAGCCUAUAAUUCCCAAACACCCAAGAUUACAAACUGUAGUUUACACUGUUCAUUCAGCACAUGUUCACUACAGCUGAAUAGGCUGUGGAAUUGGUGAGUUACAACAGUGAUGAUUUAAGAUUUUUUAACUAGCUGUUUACUGCAGAAAUAUAAGGAUACAAAUUACUUGACAACAGGCUCCAAACUAGACUAUAUAUGGCCAACCAUGAAAGAUCUAAUAAAAGUAUUUCUCACUUUUAUACAUCAGUGCUUAUUAACUUGCUAUUGGUUUAAAUAUAGCUAACACUUUUUCUCAGCUAUAUUAAAUAAUAAUUAUUGAAGAUCAAAUAAUUCCUACAUCAUAAUAUUUAGCAUGGCCCUGCUAAUUUGGGUAUGGAUUUGCUGAGUCGUGCAUCUAAAAUACGGUGAAUAAGAUUUCUUGUAAAUUCAACAAUAAGGGCAUUUUCCAUGUAUACCUGGUAAAGGUAAAAGCUGCGACUUUUUACAGGCUUCUGUUUAGCAAUCCGUCUAACUUUGUAAUCUUUUUCUUGUACAGUGAGAUUUUGAAAAUGUUUAUAAACUAUAGAUUCAGUGUAUAAUUUUAUGAAAUUUGUGCAUUUAUUUAGUACAUUACAAAUUUUUUUGUGAUGGAUACUAACAUACAUGCAGUAAAUGUAAUUAAUCAAAUUAAGUUUUUUAAAGCUCAGCUAUGGUUUUCAUACUUGUCUACAGUGCUAAGACACUGAAUAUUACAUCAGUUUUACUUUGAAAAUGUAUGUACUUUCCAUUUAUAAUUCUGAUGUAACGCUGACAAAAAUAAGCAAAUCUUAUUUCUAAACUCAUUAUUUUUAAAAAUAUGUAUAUUUGGUGCAGAGUUUUUUCAAUGUAUUUGUUUUAGUGUUGAGUUGGAAAUAAUAAUAGAAAACUAAUUUAAGAGUAUAGGACAUCAAUGCAACAAGUAUUUCUAAUCUUAUUGAAGUUUGCAAACAAAAUAUUCUGGAAUAGUUUGCGCCCCCCCCCCCAAAAAAAAUUAAAACCAUGUUACUUUUAUGCUGUAUUUGUAUACUCAUCUCUUGAAACUUAUUUGAUUUAGAAAAUAUUGUUUAAAAGAUCUUGUAAGCUUUGCAAAGUUGUCUUCCUCCAUAAAUUUGCUUUUGAGACUGAAAUGCUAAAUCUUCAAGUUUCAAAAUUCAGCUCCUGUUUAGUUACAAUAUAAGGAUGCAUUAGUUCAAAAUUACUAGAUUCUGGGCUGGUACCAGAUCUUAGAAAAGCAACAAAAGUUGGACAUCUUUUGAAAACAGUAGUACAGUGACAAAAAAGAAGGCUGAAGAUUUAGCAUGGCUUCUUCCAUCGUGAUAAGCAAGAUCUUAAAAGUCACAAAUGCGUACUUUAGAUUAUUCUGAUUCAAAUGAUUCUGGUUUUAUCAGCCAAGUGUUUCAGAGAAUAGGUCAGUCCAAAAGUGAUGUGAAUUUCUUCAAAUGUGUGUUUGGCAGUUUUUUAAAAAUAAAAAGAUAUGGUUAUUUA